AAAAAACCUUGAAAGAUAAUACACAAUCCAUAUAUAUGAGUGCUAGAGAAUUUGUUAGACCAAGGAGUAAAUUCUCAUUUCUCAAUAAGAUCUUGACCGAUAAACAGAUAAAGAUGUCAGACAUGAAGGUUAGAAUAAUCUAUCAAACUUUAAAAGAUGAACCAUGUUUACAGGUUAUGAUCCUAGUAAAAAAAGUAAUUGGAUUUUGUAAAAAUAUCGGUAAACAAUUGGGAAAGAAACUUGUGGCUAUAGACAAGCUCAAAAACGAUUUGUCAUUUUGUGUCGAAAAAGAGUUCAAGCAAAGAUGGUAUACCAUUGGGAGAAGUAUUUCACAUCAUUGGAACAAGAUCAAGAAUCUUCUAAAAAAACCUACAAGUUGGCAAAAUACAUCUGUAAUAAUUAUGAUACCAUAUUGCUACCCAAGCUCAAAACUCAAGAGUUGGCCAAUCGAAGACUUCUCGAACAGAUCUCGCGCAUUAUUCGUUCAACAUAUUCCUGAGACAUAA